CCCACUCUCUAGAAGAGGAGUGUUGUCGACUGUAGCCUCCAUCUUCGACCCCUUAGGCUUUGUCGCUCCCUUUAUUCUGAUCGGGAAGCAAAUACUGCAGCAAAUGUGCCGUGACAAGGUCGGAUGGGAUGAUCCGCUGCCAGACGAUCUGAGACCACGGUGGGAGUCCUGGCUCCUGGACUUGUAGAACCUGGCAGACAUCAAGUUUCAGCGAUGUUAUCUCCCAUCAGAGUUCAAGCAAGUCCAAAGGUACGAACUACAUUACUUCUCCGAUGCCAGUGUCCUUGGCUAUGGAGAAUGUACUUACCUGCGGGUCAUUAACGAAACAGGACAAAUCCACUGCUCCUUAGUGAUGGGCAAAGCUCGUGUGGCCCCCACUAAGGUCACAACUGUGCCAAGACUCGAGCUGUCGGCAGCCGUCGUAGCUGUACGCAUGAGUGACAUGCUCAGAAAGGAGCUAGAAAUAGAUGCUAAAGAAGUCUUUUGGACGGACUCAAAGGUCGUCCUUGGAUACGUGAACAAUGAUGCAAGAAGAUUCCACGUGUUUGUGGCAAAUCGCAUCCAGCGGAUUAAAGACAGCACCAGACCAGAUCAGUGGAGACAUGUGAGCUCAGGAGACAAUCCUGCCGAUCAUGCAUCGAGAGGCCUGCGGGCAAAGGAGCUCAUUGCCUCCAACUGGUUCUCUGGUCCUGAUUUUCUCUGGUGUGAAGAACUUCCCAGUGGAAACGUUGAGGUGGAAGAUGUAGCCGCUGAAGACCCUGAAGUACGCAACGUCUUCGUACACAAGGCUUUAGCUACAGAAGACUCAGUGCUGAAUCGCUUCCUUAAGUUCUCCAGCUGGACAAGAUUGGUCAAGGCCAUCGCUCGUCUCAUACGACUCGCUAAGGAGCUAAAGGGUUCAAUCCCAAGAACCAAUGAAGCCACCAGUCUACAGGAGAGAAGCAAUGCUGAAACUACAAUCAUUAGUCUUUUUCAGGGAGAAGCUUUCACGGAAGAAAUCCAAACUCUCCAAAAUGGGAAGAUGCUCGUUAAAACCAGUAAGCUACACAGACUGAACCCUUUCCUUGACGAACAGGGAAUCCUCAGGGUGGGAGGUCGACUGACGCAUACUGAUUUGCACUAUCACAUCAAACAUCCAGCCGUUUUACCUGCUAAGAGUCACAUAACAAGAUUGCUCAUUCAGCAUCAUCAUCAACAAGUGCAACAUCAAGGACGUGGCAUAACAGUGAACAGGCUACGAGCCAAUGGAUUUUGGAUACUUGGAUGCAGUCAUGCUGUGUCGUCCUGCAUUAACAAGUGUGUCAAGUGCAGAAGGUUCAGAAGGUCUACAGAGAAUCAGAAAAUGGCGGACUUGCCGCGUGACCGCAUGGAAGAAACACCUCCAUUUGCGUAUUGUGGAAUAGACUGCUUCGGACCGUUCCAUGUUAAGGAUGGAAGGAAGGAGUCGAAGCGCUAUGGCCUGCUGUUUACAUGCUUAUGCUCUCGUGCAGUUCACAUAGAGCUUCUUGAAGAGAUGACCACAGACUUUUUCAUCAUCGCUCUGCGUGCCUUCAUAGCCAUACGUGGCAAUGUUCGACAACUCCGCUGUGAUCAAGGCACCAAUUUCGUCGGUGCCAGGCGCGAGUUUGCAGAAGCCUUGAAGGAGAUGGAUCAAGAACGCCUUAAGAUACUGGGCUGUGAGUUUGUCAUGAAUCCACCAUCAGCAAGCCACAUGGGCGGUGCCUGGGAAAGGCAAAUUCGGACAAUAAGAAGUGUGCUUACGUCUAUCUUGGAUCAGUCCUCCAAUCGUCUCGAUACUGCAUCAUUGAGGACAUACUUCUAUGAAGUAAUGGCAAUCAUUAACAGUCGACCAUUAACAGCUCACUUACUGAAUGAUCCUACGGGACCGCAGCCUCUUUCACCUAAUCAUAUACUGACAAUGAAGUCCUCCGUUAUUCUUCCACCACCUGGAAAGUUUGAAAGAGAAGACCUCUAUCUUCGGAAGAGGUGGCGCAAGGUCCAAUACUUAGCCAACGAGUUUUGGUCCAGAUGGUGCAAGGAAUAUCUGCUGAACUUACAACCACGUCAGAAAUGGCAACGAAAGCGAAGGAACGCCAAGGUCAAUGAUAUAGUGAUCGUGCAAGAUGACGCUGCCCCAAGAACUGAGUGGAAAUUGGCAAGGGUCACAAUGGUCUAUCCUGCAGAAGAUGGUUGCGUAAGGAAAUUGCAACUGCUGAUCAGUGAUUCAACUUUGGAUAAAGAAGGGAAACGCAUUGGGAAGCCAGUGUACUUGGAGAGACCCAUCCAUAAGACGGUCACUCUGAUUGAAGCAGAGUGAUGCUGCCACAUUUUCAGACGAUGUGCCUUAUCAUCUAGUGCUAGCAUAGUAUGUAGGUUUGAGUAAAAUCACAAGUGAUUUGGUGGGAGUGUAAUUGCCAUCGAAGUAAAUAAAUAACAGAUUAAUAAAUAUUAGGUUAAAAAUAUAGAGUUCAUAAAUAUAUACAUUUAUAGUCACAAUAGUUUAAUAGUAAAGCAUAAUUUCAUAUAUUUCAUGUAUAUUGUUUGUUUUGAUAUGGGGGAAUAAGUCUUCAUUAAGGGAGGAACCAAAGUUUGCUGCUGCAGGUUGCUGGGGUGUUACUUUUGAGAGUUGCUACGUGACACUCAGGACCAAGCUAGCAGGCAGACACCUCGCUGAAUUCUCUGUCUGAGAUCAGCAAUGAUAAAAGGAGUCUGGAUAAAGUGCAUAGUGCAUUGAAGGACUGAAGAUUUCUAAUUUUCUCUCAAGGGAAAGCGGCCAAUGAGUUCUCACGGCAUGUUAUCAUGCUCUUUGUGUGAUUAAAGCCCGUAACGUAAAGAACCAUUUGAUUCGUGAUUUCGACUUGAGAGGAAGUUACAGUAGGUCUCUCCGAGUUGAAUGUGUACACCUGCACAUUAAACUGUUUUGCAGCCCCCAUUGUCUGCAGGAGCUAAGCAAAGAAAUCCCCCCUCCCCCCCUCCGAAAAACGGGUGAAUUUUGAAUUAUCUUUCUGCCUACGUAGGCAGAAACUCACAGACCAGCCCACCUUGGCUCGAGAAACUCCCAGAGGCGGAGCUGAAGCGACGCAACAUCACCGCUCAUCAGUUAGGAGGUGGGAGGCAGUGAGCGGCAGAGCGGUGGAGGGGCGUCGCAGUGCUCCUAGCCAAUCAGAGGAGAGAUAUUUGCAUGCUGUUUGCAUGUAUGAAUAUUCAUGAGCAAAGCUGGAAUCCGGUCAUUUUGGACACACCCCUAAAA